AUGCUAUGUUAUGUUUUCAUAAUAUUAAUACUGUGUCGAAAUAUUACUAUGGAUAUAACCACAGAAGAAGUUCAAUAUCUUAAUGAGUUGACUAUAGACAAACUGUUACAAUUAAAGAAUUCGUUAAAAGAUUUUUCCACCGAAUACGAUAAUGUGACGGUCACAACACCAGCGAAUAUAGAAAACUUUGGCGCCCAAGCGAUGGCUUUUAAAGCACCGCUUAUUAAAAGGAUGGAGUAUGAAGGGAUAUACAAAAAAGGCGGAUACGGAAAAAUAAGUAACAUUUUCUCAAUAUCAGUUACAACAUUAGCCUUUCUUGCGUUUGGUGGAUAUUUAUUAUGUCUUAUUGUGCAAGCUGUGAAAUCAAAACAGAAUACAAUAGUUACAACUCCGACACCGACAUUGUUCGUUAACGCAGGUAUCAAGAGGCCUCAAACCACUUUUAGUUCAUACGGACGCCGGAGGAGAGCAAAAAGAGGCUUACAAGAUGUAGAUGUCCCUCCCGAGGAAAUGUUUUCUGCGUUGUUGCAUCUUUGCGAGGGCUACGCUAAAUGGAGUAAAGGGCGAAAAAUGUAA